AUGGAGUCUGAAUCCAGCAGACCUGAAGAGGAGACCCCUUCCCUCUUGUGGGGUUUGGAUCCUGUGUUUCUAGCCUUUGCAAAACUCUACAUCAGGGAUAUCCUGGACUUGAAGGAGUCCUGCCAGGUACCAGGAGUAUUUUUUUACAAUGGGCAUCCAAUAAAACAGGUGGAGAUCUUGGGAACUGUAAUUGGAAGAAGAGAAAAGGAUACUUUCUACAGCUAUGGAGUGGAUGACAGCACUGGAGUUAUAAACUGCAUCUGCUGGAAAAAGUCGAACAAUACCGAGUCUUCCUCAGCCCUAUUAACGACAGGUGGUCCAACUAUAGGGGAGCUGAACUUAACCUCACAGCUUAAGAAGCUGCAAGAGACCAUUGAGCAGAGAACAAAGAUAGAAAUUGGGGACAUUAUCCAAAUCAGAGGUUAUAUCCACACAUACAGAGAAGAACGAGAAAUUCGUGUCACUACUUAUUAUAAAGUGGAUGAUCCAGUGUGCAACAUACAAAUUGCAAGGAUGCUUGAGCUGCCCAGUAUCUACAGGAAAGUUUAUGACCAGCCUUUCCAGAGCCCAGCCCUAGAGCAAGAAAGCAGCAAUCCAGGUGCCCUGGACCUUGCCAAUCUCACAUGUUUGCUGAGUGAAAAAGCCAAAGAAUUCCUCGUGGAGAACAAAGUACAAACCUUUUACCGGCAGGAAUUGGAAACUGUGGAAUCUCUGCUGUCCCUGGCCAGUCAGCCUGUGACUCACAGCUCCUGCUCUGAGCAGGUGGAUGUUAAGAAUGAAACCACUUCCAAGGCAAUUCAUAGUAUAUUUAAGAAUGCUAUACAGCUGCUGCAGGAAAAAGGAUUUGUUUUCCAGAAAGAUGAUGGUUUUGAUAACCUAUACUAUGUAAGAGACCUAAAGGAGCUUCACAGGAGACUUCACCAUUUGUUGAAGACCAACUGCCUUUUUCCUGCAGACAUAGAGAAGGGCUGCCACUUCCAGCACAUCUUGGCCUGUGCUCGCCUGAGCGUCAGCCCGCGCCUGAGCGAAGCUGUGCUGCAGCAAGUGCUGGAGCUCCUGGAGGACCAGAGUGACAUCAUCAGCACCAUGGAGCACUACUACACAGCGUUCUGA